AUGGCUGCCACUCCAGAAGUUCUUUGGGCUCAACGCUCCAGCUCGUCCGAGCCAGCUAAGAACUUCAUCUACCUCACCAUCUCCGUCCCCGAUGUGCAGCCUGCCAACCUGAAGCUGAAGCUGACGUCGACAUCCCUGUCCUUCAGCGGACACUCCGACUCCCUUAAGAAAGACUACCAAGUCGAUCUGGAGUUCUACGAUGAGAUCGAUACGGACAACAGCAAGACCAACCACACCGCUAAGAAUGUCGAGAUCGUCCUGAGAAAGAAGGAGCUCAAGGAGGAGUUCUGGCCAAGGCUGUUGAAGGAUGCCAAGAAGGUGCAUUUCUUGAAGACAGAUUUCGACAAGUGGGUUGAUGAGGAUGAGCAAGACGAGGCCCCUGAGGAUGAUAUAGGAAACAUGGGCGGAAUGGGUGGCAUGCCAGGCAUGGGAGGCAUGGGAGACAUGAGCCAGAUGAUGGGCGGAGGAGCUGGUGGUGACUUUGGCGGCAUCGACUUCUCCAAGCUAGGCGGUGCAGGAAUGGGCGGAGCAGGGGAUGCGGACGAUGAUGAGGGAGAUGAUGACGAUGACGAUGAGAUGCCAGCGCUUGAGGAGGAAGAUGCGGCGGCCUCAUCUAGUAAGCCCGCCUCGAAGAUUGAGGAGGUCAACUAG